UCUUCACGCAGGAGAGCAGAAGGUUUAGGGAAAGACUUGGUCGGGAUUGUGGGGAGGAACAGAAACAGCUUCGCAACAUCACUAUUAAGCUUCAGACGUCCAGUACUAAUACCGGCACCACCUCCAACACAGCCGCUCCACCGAGUCCCUCGCCGCUCACCGGUACUACGCACUAGCAGACCAGACGGUGCGUCCUCAGCGCCUCCUGAGCGAGCUCUGUCGGAUCAGAGAGAGAGAGAGAGAGAGAGAGAGGGGGGGGAGAGAGAGAGAGAGAGAGAGGGGUAGUUUUCUCUGACAUUAUAGGGACUCAUACCACGUAUUGUAGGUUACUUUUUUUUCCUCUCGGCGCCGUCCUCCUGCUUAGUUGCGCUCCUGGAUUUUAAGUGCGUCUCGGCGAACUCCGUCCCCCAUCAAGCAGCGGCUCCAACCUUCCUGUCAAACGGCCGGACCAAACACCCGGCGGACCGCUUGUUGUAGCCUUCUCUCGCUUCACUCGGGACAAGAUUUCAGAUAAAGUACAGAUGCUGGAAUCUUUGAGUUGAUUGAAACAAAUAGAAAGCAGGAAAAAAAAGAAGAAAAGACAAAGCAAAGGAAGAGCGGAAACGUGAAGAGAAACGGGAGAGAGAGAAGAGAAGAAGAAAGAGAAGAGAGAAGAAAGCUUGAAGUUCUUUAGAAAGAGGAGAGAAAGAAAGAGACGGGGACGAUGGGGAGGAAAAAGAUUCAGAUCACGCGGAUUAUGGAUGAACGCAACAGACAGGUGACAUUUACAAAGAGAAAGUUUGGCCUGAUGAAGAAGGCGUAUGAGCUGAGCGUGCUGUGUGACUGUGAGAUUGCCCUGAUCAUCUUCAACAGCACCAACAAGCUGUUCCAGUAUGCCAGCACAGACAUGGACAAGGUCCUGCUUAAAUACACUGAGUACAAUGAGCCCCAUGAGAGCAGGACCAACUCUGAUAUUGUGGAGACAUUGAGAAAGAAGGGCCUAAACGGCUGUGACAGCCCAGAUCCCGACGCAGAUGACUCGGUUGGCCACAGCCCCGAGUCUGAGGACAAGUACAGGAAAAUAAACGAGGACAUUGAUCUGAUGAUCAGCAGACAGAGACUGUGUGCAUUGAGCAAGAAGGAGAACAAAGGUGGCGAGAGCCCGGAGCUCGAGUCUGCGCUCAUCCUCACCCCGCACACUGAGGAGAAAUACAAACAGAUUAACGAAGAGUUUGAUCACAUGAUUAAAACUCAUAAGAUACCUCAGGCCGUGCCCCCAUCGAACUACGACAUGCCCGUGUCCAUUCCUGUUAGCAACCAGAACAAUCUCAUUUACAGCCAUCCCGGUGGAUCCCUAGGCAACCACAAUCUGUUGCCACUGGCACACCACGGCCUACAGAGAAACAGCAUGUCUCCUGGAGUUACACACAGACCCCCCAGUGCAGGUGGCCUCAUGGGUGCCGACCUUACCACUGGCGCAGGCACCAGUGCUGGAAAUGGAUAUGGGAACCACCGCAACUCGCCUGGUCUGCUGGUUUCUCCAGGUGGCAUGAACAAGAACAUGCAGACUAAGUCUCCCCCACCCAUGAACCUGGGCAUGAACAACCGCAAACCUGACCUACGUGUGCUCAUCCCCCCUGGUGCCAAGAACAACAUGCCGUCCAUUUCUGAGGAUGUCGAUCUGCUAUUGAACCAGAGAAUAAACAACUCUCAGUCUGCUCAGUCACUGGCCACCCCAGUGGUAUCAGUAGCAACUCCUACUCUACCAGGACAAGGCAUGGGCGGUUACCCAUCUGCCAUUUCUACUUCUUAUGGUACCGAGUACUCCCUGAAUAGCACAGACCUCUCCUCCCUGUCUGGCUUCAACAGUGGCAGCUCUCUACACCUUGGUUCAAUGAGUGGGUGGCAACAGCAACACCUUCAGAACAUGCAGCAUUCAGCGCUGGGCCAGCUAGGAAAUUGUUCUAGCUCUCACUUAUGUCAGGGUUCAAAUCUGUCCCUGCCCUCUGCUCAAAGCCUCCACAUCAAGUCCGAACCUGUUUCUCCUCCUAGAGAUCGCACCAGCAGCACACCGGGGGGCUACGGUGGCGGGGUGCCACCUCCCCAGAACCCCUCGUCCCGCCAGGACUCGGGACGCUCCCCUGUUGAUAGCCUGAGCAGUUGUAGCAGCUCCCAUGAGGGCAGCGACCGCGAUGAGCACAGGAAUGAGUUCCACUCACCUCUGGGACUGGCCCGGCCCGCCCUGGAUGAGCGUGAGAGCCCCUCCAUCAAACGGGUACGCCUGUCAGAAGGAUGGGCGACAUGAUUGCACUGUCCACUCCUCUGCAGUGCCCCAAGUUGCCCCGAGCUCCCGACAAUGCAGCAUUACGAUGCCCCACAGUCAGCUCCCUCUUCUUCCUCCUCGCACUCGAUCUCAUGAGUCACUCACCGCCCAACCCCAUGGCCUCUCUCCUUUUUUCUCUUUAUUGAAGGAAAGCAAAGGGACAACCCUUUCCAAAAAUCUGUUUGUAAUUUCUUUUCCUUAUUUUUUGUUCCUUGUUUUGAUUUUGCUGAGUGUGCGUGUGUGUGCGUGUUAUACAUAUUGACAUUAUAUAAAGCAGUUGGGUGUUGUAAUGGGGGCUUGGGAGGGUAGUUGUUGUUUGGGAUGGGAUCUGGGGGUAUUUUUGUUGGGGAACUAUGCAUAAAUUGUAUUGUGGAAAAAAAAAAGAAUCAUGUAUGCAUAUAUCUUAACACGUGUAACACGUGUCUACAGAUGUGCAUAUCAACAAAUACAAAAAAAAAGGUCAGGUACUCUGUUUCAUAAAAUGUACUUACAAUUUGCCCCAGUGCUAUAUCAGUGAAUAGAGACAAAAAAACAACAAAAACAACAACAAAAACAAGAUGAGCGUGAUUGUGUCCAGUGAAAAACACCUUAGCACUUGAGUUGGACAAACAAUACAUGUGUACAGUAUCAGUUUCAUUGCUAUAGACCUUCUCUGCAGUUUUACCUUGCAAAAAUGUGUGUUAACAUUAGAUGAUGUCAUGUUGCAGGUUCAACGUAUUUAUGUAAAUAGCGGGUCAAAGGGGUAAAAGGGCCUGGGGUCAAAAGUCGCCAGACAUUACAAGAUUUAUUUACUCACUAAAUGAAAAAGCUAUUAUGCAACAUUUGAAGGAUUGUACAGGUAAACGAGAAAACCCGAUGCUAGAUGUGUGGAACCCUUGAUCGUUUUCGUGCUCCCCUUAAAGAACGGAGUGAGGACCACUCUUUGAUCUAAGAGCUAUGUCGGCGUAAUCAAGAAAAUCUCUGGAUCUAGUAUUAACUAUUCAGUAUUGAUAAACAAAAAAAAGAGAAAAAAAACAAUUGUACAAUACACUUGCUUAUAUUUUCAUAUGAAAGGAAUAAAAUGCAAAGCAUUUUUGUGGCUUUUUGUAGUUUCUAUAAGCCAGAAUGUGUUUUUUGAUAGCUUUGCCAAUAAGAGAUGGAUAGUUCACCCAGAGGGGAAAUGACAGGGCUUCAAGCCCCAAGCCAUGAAAAACAGACUGAGAUCCAAUGCUUUGCUGAACUGUUUAAUCUUUGUAGAGGUUUGUUUUUAAACGUGUAUUUCUUAUUAUAUAUAAUAAUGGUAAUAUUAAGAAUCUUUUAAAAAAAAAUCUGUGAAAUUAACAUGCUUGUGUAUAGCUUUCUAAUAUAUAAAUAUAUAUAAUAAUGAUUUUUUUUGUUGGUUUCUUAGUGAAGUUUCUAUGUGCUGUUGCACAUGUUGUCUGGUUUGUUUCAUUUUAACUCUGAACAGGGCUGUUUGGGCGGGGUGUUUAGACUAACCUUAAAAACCAGCUGGAAAGCAUUGCCAGGGUUGAAGCCUGAAUGCUGAAAAACCUCAUUUCUAGUGGAAAAUGUCACGAGGCUGAAUCUGGAGACCACACAGAAAUAAAUGUUGACACGUAACGUACACGAUUGUCACACUGAUGAGGAAAUAUGACAAAGCCGGAGUCUCCGAAUACAUUUUUCUGCAUCCGGAUAUUUCGUUAGGAGUCCAAAUUAUUAUAAUUUAAUAAUCGUAGUCAUAAAACAUAGAUUUGACCUCAUCGAUUUUGAAUACCACCUUCAAUUUUCGACCCAGUCUACCUUGUGUUGGAGAUGUCGCUCAGACGCAAACUGUAAAAUCUUCCUUUGAAUCGCAUUAACGUAAUGCGAUUUAUGCAUCGUGAUUAAGUACUCUUGUUUUCAAACCUAAUUUAAUUCUGUGUCGCUCCAGUCUCGAAAACAGGGUUCCACAUCCUUUACCACACUGUCACAGACAGUUCAGCGUAAGACACAAAAAAGAACAAACUGAUCAUGCUGGUAUGGGAGAAGCACAAUUGUUUAUUCUUGAUGAAUAGCUUUGAUUUUCUCUUUUUUAAACAAUGAGACUAGCCACAUAUCUCUCCGCCUCCCACACCCGUAUCUGCUGUCACUUAAGUGUUAUGCUAUUUCUAUGUGCAUAUUUCAUGCAGGAUCACUAGGUUGUUACUGUAUACAGUCUGUGUAGUCAAAUGGGGCAGAGCCUCUAUAACAGUGUUUUUCUUCUUCUUCUUUUUUUUAAACUUCAAUAGAAAAAAAAAAGGUUGGGAAAAAAAUAAACAUGAUGUUUCAGGCAGCAUAAGUGUGGAGAAACCAAAGCCAGUGGCAUUUCUGUGUUGUAAAGUCAGCUUUUAUUUUCACAUUCAUAUAUGGGGGUUUUGUUUUUUUUUUGUUCUUUUGGUUUUGCAAGCAUUGAAACAAGAUAAUAAAAGAUUCUGCUUAAAUUCACAACUGUUUUCACAUUUCACUUUCAGUUAGUUAUUGUAGCUUUAGCCAUCAAACUGCAUUGUCCAUAGGAAUCGUAUUAAUUUACCUGCUUUCUUCUUCAUUUGUCUCCCUGUGCAGCGUAUCGAAAAAGGUUACAUGGGGGAAAAAAACAAAAAGGAAAGGAAAAACGCAUUUUCUAUUUACAAUUUGUUACUUAACUCGGAAUCAUUCAGGCCCGUGUGAAAGCUGUACUUGUUUUUCACUUCAUCAAUCAACAUUACACACUGCUUGCUCGCUGAAUAAAAUAAUGCCAACAUGUCCUGACAGUUAAUUAGAGUGCUAUAGUUUUGACAGUAUUUUUAACCAAAGACAUGGAGAAAGCUUGUCUUUAUAUCUUUGAUGUUGUUUUUUCUUCUUCUUCUUUCUACGUUUGUUCAAUUUGAAGCCAAUUUUUUUCUUCAUCUGUUGAUCAGUUGUUCUUUGUCAUUACUAUAUCAGACUAAAUGUUGGUACCUCAAAAUUGACCCAAGCAGUACCUCAGCUGAUUUUUUGAUAAGUCACUUAACGUGCAAAGGGGAGACCAUUCACCUGUACAGCCAUGUGUAAUAACAAUUGCUUAAGGUCCCAACAUUCACAUGCUACGGGACUCUUUGUUGCUCCUCUGUGUUUGUGGUUUAUUUAAGUUGUACUCAAAAGCUGAAAUUAAAAAAAAAAGAGUAAUAUGUUAAAAUACUUAAAAAGUCAGUCUGUAGUAUCAAUGUAGCUUGUAUAAACCUGAUGAUGGGGGCGGACGUUUGUAACUAAGGUUUUUUGGAAUGCAGGAGCGGCUUUCAGCGGCAUAAGCUGGCCUUUGUCGCCACUUGAGACUAAGAUGGUAUUAAAUUAAAAUCACAUCUCUGUAACUCAAGGGACUUGAUUCAGCUGUAUGUAGUGAAAACGUAUGGGGAUGAAAUAAAAGUCUCCUCUGCAGGAGGGAAAGGCUAUUUGUAUUUUGCAGAGAUUUCAGUAAAGUUACUGGCUUUCUUAGUUA